AUGAGCCACGUCCACGGACCAGGUUGUGAUCACGGCGAUGUAGCCACUAUUCAUGUCUCCGAUGCCAACAAAGCACCUGCAUUCCUGAAGACGACAGCAAACUAUCUCAGAGAUGCCAAAGCGUCAGGCGUCAAAGCACGACAGGGCGUUUUUAAUGGCAAACGAGUAGAGUACUUCAAAGGCAAAAGCGCUUUGAAUGCUUUAUUAAAAGAAGAAUAUGCCAAAAUCACGCCUAAAAACCAAGAAGCCGUAACUACACGUGAAGCCGCCGCCAACACAUUGCACGAUUUGGGAAAACACGGAUUCAUCUUGUGCGUACAGCGUGGUGAUGGCAUCAGCGGCAAAGGAUCGCCGCGUGUUUUGCAGCCAAAGGAGGUGCAGGAAGUCAGGGAAGAUGGUUAUUAUAUGUGGAUCUGGGAAGGUUCUCAAUGGAAGAUAUAUGUUGGUGCCGUCGCUCUUGUGGCCACGAUUCUGGCCGGUGUCUUGUUCCCCUUGUGGCCUGCACCGCUGCGACUUGGUGUGUGGUACUUGAGUGUCGGUAUCCUGGGCUUAUUGGGCGUAUUCUUUGGUAUUGCGAUCGUACGACUGAUCUUGUACAUCAUUUCCUUGGUCGUCUUACCGCGCGGUUUCUGGUUGUUCCCGAAUUUGUUCGAAGACGUCGGUGUUGUAGAAAGCUUUAUUCCGCUUUACGGCUGGGACGAAAAGAAAUCCGAUAAAUCUUCGCCCUCAUCGGCCGCCGCUCAUAGCACAACCGACGAAAAGGAGAGCUAA